AUGAGCUGCCGAUGGGAAAUUUCUUCGCCUGUUGCCGUACACGGCACCAGCGAAGCCUAUGGGGAGAGAGAAAGAGAAGACGGUGGAUCUCCGGUGGGUGAAACGACGGAUCUGGCCGUGAGAUGGAGAAGGCGCGUGAAGGAGCGUGCAGCGCGUGUGUGUGUGUGUAUGUGUGUGUGCGUGAACAAAGGAAGAGGAGACGGUCUCAUUAAACGUGUGAAGGGAGGCACGUGCCAACACCACCAUCACGAGAUUUCUAUGCUCUCUGCGGCGCACAAGGCUCCUGCUAGUCACGUGACCCGCCUGACCAGUCACAGUUUUCAUGAUGUGAUGUCUAACUAUUUGUAG